UGUCAGUGCGUGCGGACGCGUGUGCCUCGCGUCUAAUAAUAUUUAUUUAUUUUACUUUUCUUCUUUGCGGGCGCCGGCAGUGUAUAAACGAUUACUACAGCCGCCGCCACAACAACAACAACAACAAUAAUAAUAAUAAUAAUAAUAAUAUUGUAAUCGUACUUUGACGUCGCGGCGUAUAAAACGUGCGGUCCGUCGGUCGCACGCGUUCAGUCCGUAUUAACGACCGUGCACGGCGGUCGCGAACAACCGACCACGCACACCGGAUCCUCCGCGCACGAAUAACGCACUCUCGCCGCCCGCGCGCGCAGCUAUAGACGGAUUAUAGCUCUGGACCGCGGUCGCGUGCAUCAUCGCUUCCCGGACCGUGGUCGUAUACAAUAUUACGUCCUCUUGCGCGCGAACCGUCAGCGUUGAUUAUUAUUGUUGUACAUUUUAAAUCGACCGUGUUCGCGAACGGACGACGGUGCGUCUCUCUACGACGUGUUCGUCGUGAUAAUCGUCCUAUAGUGAGACACUGCCCGCGAUCACCUCGUGUUAUAAAAUAAUAUUAUUAUGAUGGGCAGCGCCGACGUCUGGUGGUCGCACGUGCCGGUCGUCGGCCGCGCGGUUCGAUUCGCCGUGCUUUUGAUCGUCCUCCGGCUAGCCGAUUUCAUGACGGCGGUAACGUGCGCGGCAACCGCAGACGACGACCGCCACCAGCAACACUUGCAGCAGCAGCAGCACGUCCACCUCACAGAACUGAGUCGUAACAUAAUCAAAGGGCUGAAAUUGGAAAAGUUACCGGACAUGACCAAGGUGGACAUCAGCAACGAAGAAUUCCAUUGCAAGUAUUUGGAAUAUUUCCGGCGAUUGUACGUGGAUGAAUCAGAAUUUUACGAUCCCGACGACAACGAUGAUGUAACAAUAGCAGCGAGUUAUGAUAAUGAUGACGACCACGACGUAUCCGCGAUACUAAUACGGGGCCAAGUGAAACACUUCGGCGGCGAUAACAGGAACGACGAAUCUCCGGAUCUGCCGACAGACGAUGACGGCGAUGUGCUGCAACAAACUACAUCCAUCACGUUCCCGAUUUAUGAUACGGCGGUGCGCGGAAGUGGCAGUCGCGUGACGGUAAUCAAAUCGGUGGCGCGAAUCUACGCAGACGCCCCUCACGCACGGGUCCGCGUGUACGGCCGCUUGCUGCAGCAGGCCGGUGCCGUACUGCGGGAAAACCCGUCGCUCGUUGCCGAUCUCAUAUGGCCGGUUGGCGGCAGUGGACGGUGGGUGGACGUGGACGUGACGCGCCUAUUACGGCCGCGAAAACGUCACCGCGGCGGGGGCGUGACCGCCGCGUCUCUGGAAUUGUUGUUGCGAUAUUCGGCGACGGCAGCAGCCGGAUCUGUCCGUUUCGGGGACGAAACAGAUAACGACGGUCGAUAUGUUCCUGUUCUACACGCUUUUAUGAACGGAGCUGUGGACGGCGGCGCGCGUUCGGCGACCGCGGCCGUUCGAUGCCCCGGCGAAACGAAACGGAAAAAACGAGAGGGCGGCGGUGGUCGCGGCCGCGAUAAAAAACAUCGUCGGCCGACCGCGUCUGGUCGCGUCCGUCGGACUGACUGCAAGGUUGACACAUCGUCGGGCAACGACAACGGGACAGAGCACGGCGGCGGCGGCGGCGGGAACAAAUGUUGCCGGGAAGAGAUGCGCGUCGUUUUCGCCGACAUUCCGGGUUUCGAUUUCAUCGUCGAGCCCAAGUGGUUCGACGCGGGCCUUUGCCGGGGACGGUGCCCGGCCAAGUACAAUCCGGCCACCCGGCACGCGUUCAUCCAAAGCCUGUUGUGGAAACAGCACAACAACAACCGUCGAACGGAGGUCGCCGGUGAUGGCGGGGAGAGGCGGGCCCGGAGAAAGGUCCGUCACGGCGGCGGCGGCGCGGCGACAGCCACGACAAAGGCUCCCCAGCCUCCGCCCAAACCGUGUUGCGCGCCCAAUAAACUGGACCGGUUGCAGAUCAUUCAUGUCGACGAGACAGACCCGAGCUCGCUGAAGGUGACCACGUGGAAAGAAAUGGCUGUCGUGGAAUGUGCGUGUUCGUGAUCGACGUCUUUUGGGUUAAGUUUGACGCGAGUGUAGAAUGCACUUGCACCCCAUCCUAUGCAUGCGUAAACAUUAAGAUAAUAUUUUAUGCGAUGUACGAAAUCCCUGUCAGAACGAAUUUUAUUUUUUGCUUCCGUUAUUAUCGUUGAAUAUUAUUUUUGUUUAUGCGCUUAAUUAAAGACAUGUGUCAUAUAAAAUUUGGUCAUUUAAAUAUUUAAUAAUUGGCCAUACAACUUUCAAAAUGAUUUGUUAUCAUGCUAUUUUAAAGAUAAUAAUAUUUCGAAUAACAAUACGUAGAGGCCAAAAAAAAGGAAUUAAUUGGUGCUUUCUAUAAUCUAUAUAGUGCAUUUUUAUUUAUUUAUUUAUUAUAUACUCAAUACAGUUUUUCAGUAUCAUGCAAGUGUUGAAAAAUGUUGUAAUAGGUAAUUAGGAAAGAUUUGUUGAUCUCGGCGCCGCAGUCGCAUAGUGUUUAAGCAAUUUAACAAAUAUUAUGUAUUAUGUAGGUAUGCGAUAUAUGCGCGUUCGAUGACGAAUCGCCAAGAUAUACGGGCCAAAAAUAUAUUAUACUAUUAUUAUUUAUUGUAUAAUAUGCUCAAAAUGAUCUAACGAAUUUUUUAUUGUUUACGAGUUAACUAUAAUAUAUUAUAUUGUACAGUUUAUUACACAUUAGUUAUAUUUUCUAUUAAACCACUAUAUAGCUAUUAAUUCCAAUGUUUAGAUUUUAGAUGAGUGUUCAUAAUAUAUAUUUAAAAGUUUUGAUGGUUUUGUAUAUAUAACGUAAGAGUCCAACUUGUGUUCAUAUAUUAUAAUCUCAGAAAAUUAAUACUUUAAAUUACUAUUAUUGUAAUAACUAUUUAUAAAAACGAAUCGCGGUCAAGUUCAAUGUCACUUAAAUACAAAAACGCAGUCGUAUGCAUUCUGUAGCCCGUUCGUUUAUUUAUGAAUUAUGGUUUGUAAUAUUAUCUAUUCAUAUACGAUUUUAAAACGUUCGCGCUCUCUGAAAUUUCAAGUGUUAUCGUGAAUAUUCAUGACUAAAAAUGUUAUUAUUUUUAGCCCUUAUAUAGGUGUGGAUUAUUAACUAUAUUUUAUUUUUGUUUAUUUAUUUAUUAUUUUUAUACUUAGGUACAGUCUUGUAAAGAAUACGUUUAUAUUAUAUUAAAACAUUUUUAGAAUAGGUAUAUAUUUUUU